AUGGUGCGUGGACUUCAAGUUUUCCUGACAGGGCUGGUGGGGCUGCUGCUGUGGCUGUGUGUGCUACCCUGGGUUGAGAGCGGUAAGGUGCUGGUGAUGCCCAUGGAAGGCAGCCACUGGCUCAGCAUGCGGAAGGUUGUGCAGGAGCUCCAUGCCCGAGGCCACCAGGCUGUGGUCCUUGCUCCAGAAGUAAAUAUGCAUGUCAAGAGAGAGGACUUUUUCAUCUUGAAGACCUAUGCCACUUCUUACACUCAGGAGGAAUUUGACCACCUCAUCCUAGGGCAGACUGGAAAGAGCUUCAAAACAAUGCCUUUGCUGAAGACAAUUUUGGAAACAUUUGAAGUUUUAAAAAAUGUAUCUACGUUCUUUCACCAGACUUGUGUAGAACUUUUGUACAACAAAGUCCUGAUCAAGAACCUUAUUGACAGCUCCUUUGAAGUGGUUCUAACUGACCCUCUCUUCCCCUGCGGGGCACUGCUGGCUAAGUACCUGUCGAUUCCUGCUGUGUUCUUUUUGCGAUCCAUUCCUUGUGAUCUGGACUUUGAGGCCACAUGGUGUCCCAAUCCCUCCUCAUAUAUUCCCAGGCUCAUGACAAUGAACUCAGACCACAUGACCUUCCUGCAAAGGGUCAAGAACAUGCUCUACCCUCUGACCCUCAAGUCCAUUUGUCACAUGUCUUAUGAUCCUUAUGCAAGCCUUGCAUCAGAGCUUUUUCAGAGAGAUGUGUCCUUGGUGGACAUUCUCAGCCAUGGUUCUGUGUGGCUGUUUCGAGGAGAUUUUGUGCUGGACUACCCCAGACCCAUCAUGCCCAACAUGGUCUUCAUUGGGGGCAUCAACUGUGCCAACAGGAAGCCUCUCUCUCAGGUCUGUAUGCUGCCUCAUCAAAUCAUUCUGUAGAAUAUCCUUUAAUAAUUAAUUUAUAAAUGCUUACUCAUCUCAU